GGUCCUGAUGCUGCGGCCUGCCUGAGCGGAUCCGCUGCUGCCAUGGCGAUGGGUAAAUGGCUGCUGUACACCGGUCUCGCGCUUUCUCUGCUCGCUUUGUGCUUCCUCACGGUCGCUAUAUCCUCCGAUCACUGGUACGAAACGGACGCCAGGAGGUACAAAGAGCGCUGCCGGGCUUUCUCGAGCCGUCGCACCGACCCGGGCUUCAUCUACAUCCCGAGCCACAGCCUCCCGCUGCACGAGCCGCGGCCACUGAUGCUGCGCGAGCGGAGGGAGCUGUUCGGUGCGAGCGCGACAGACGAGUGCAAGCGCCACUACAAUUCCACCACCCUGGGGCUGUGGAGCAAAUGCUACCGGCUCGGCUUCGACCGCAACAUCGAGGAGCUCAUUAAGAAAGGGAUUAUUGAGAGGUGCUCCUACAUCAAGUACUACUACACUUCAUCAACUUUGGUGCGAAAGGAUAUCUCUUACAAUAUCACCAAGACCAUUCAGCAGGACGACUGGCAUGCCUUACAUCUGCGCCGGAUGACAGCAGCGUUCAUGGGCAUGGCUCUGUCCAUCAUCCUGUUUGGCUGGACAAUAGGACUACUGGGCUGUUGCUGGGAUCAGGGCCUCAUGCACUAUGUGGCUGGCCUGCUCUUCCUUAUGGGAGGCACAUUUUGCAUCAUUGCCCUGUGUACUUGCGUGGCUGGCAUCAAUUUCGAACUUUCCCGCUACCCACGCUACAUGUUCAGCCUCCCGGAUGACAUAAGCCACGGUUACGGCUGGUCCAUGUUCAGCGCCUGGUGCGGUUUGGGUCUGACACUCAUUGCUGGUUUCUUCUGCACUCUGUCACCUUCUAUUCAACCUCCACCGAGCCGUACUCCCUACCCCAAAUCCCGCAUGGAGAAUGGCAUGGUGUGCUAAACUAUCGAAAGGGCUGGAGGAGUGAAAGAAUACAAGCCUUAACCAUAAGGCACAUCCUGAACUUUUUAAAGGGAGUUGAACACUACAUGUAAGUGUGGACAGCCUGUGU